UUUAAAUAAUAAUUUAAAAAAAUAAUAUCCUAAGCAUCUGUUGCCUAGUGCUGCAACACGUCAAACUCUAGCAGUGAACCUCUGGUUGAGUCGCUCCUCCUUCUGCUCCCAAAACUCAUCCAGAGGCUCAGAGCAUGUGUGGCAGAAUCAAUAAAGUCCCCAACUAAACCAGGCUUUCUGCCCCGCGGGGCCACAGAGGCGGGUGGAGGGGUGGGAUGGAAAGAGUGAAGGCUGAGAGAGGAGAGAGUUUAUUCAGUCGCACACAGACACAAGCCACAAGCGCACCGAUCCUCCCUCGACUCGAAGACGAUCCGGUCAUGGGUUCAGAAAUAGAGCUGACCUUCACCGAGGACCUGCAGCUGACGGAGGUGAUGCGUCUGAGGGUGCAGUCGCUGCAGCAGAAGGGCCAGAAGCGGCAGGACGGAGAGAGACUGCUCCUGCCGCACGAGUCCGUCUACAAGCUGGACUUCAGCCAACAGGACCUGACCUUCUCCCGCUGGAACGUCAGCCUGCAAGGAACGGGACGCUUCACCGUCACCGGCAUCUGCCAGCUCUGGACGCCCGACCUGACCAACCUGAUGACCAGGCAGCUGCUGGAGCCCAUCGGCCAGUUCUGGAGGAACGCCGGAGAUCCAGACGAUUUGCCCAUCAAGUGUCUGGAGGCGGAUAUCCAGGAGUUCGGAGAGAGGAUCGCGGAGCUGGCAAAGGUGCGGAAAGUCAUGUACUUCCUGUUCGCUUUCAAGGAGGGAGCGACCAAAGAGAAAAUCUCCUGCUCUUUGACCUUCACCAAAAACAAUUAACAGAUCGAGUCUCUCCGAGCAUCGUAUCCUAAAACCCCAGACAGGUCAGAUGCUCUCUUUUCACCAAUGCCAUGUAUUACUGAUUUAGAUUCAUUCCUCAUCCUGCGGUCCAGAGAAGCAACAUUUUAGAAAGAUUGUUAUUUAUGCAUUUUGUCCGGUGAAUAUGUAAUCCAGUGCCAUUCUGAUGCUUAUAGACAGCUCAAUAAAAAAAUAUGUGUCAAUCA